AUGGUGCUGGGGGCCGCUGGCGGUGCCAUCGGCGCCGUGGGAAGCACGGCGGGCGCGUUGGGCAAUGUGUUUUCCCUCGGAUUCGGCCUCAUGACCUUAGCGCCGAAAGCCUUCAAGUUUGCCAAGAAGGCGAAGGAAGCCUACGACCAGUACCAGAAGUACAAAGGAAAGUGGCACUCGGCCAUGGAUCAGAUGUCGGACAUGGCCAGCAAGAUACCGCCGAGCGUUGUGGCGAAGGACAACACCCGAAACCUGGAUUGGGAUGGCGUGCCGCCGAAGCCUAUCUGGGACUUCAAAAAGGCCUCGCCGCACGACUGGGCCACGAGGGCCGUCGAGGCCAACGUCCGCGCCGCCCGGGCGGCACGCGAGGCCCAGGAUGACUUGGCCGAGGCGGCCCAUCACGAGGAGGUGGCGCGGGAAGCAGCCCGGGAAGCUAUGCAAGUCAUCCUCAAAGCGCAGCAGGAUGCCUGGCUCAACGCCGUGCGCUCGCCGUCGGUGCAGCCCUUCAUCCACUACUGCAACCAUUUGGCUAAGGUGGUUGCGGAGGACCCCGCCCACGCGCGGGAACCGGCGACUAUGGACUUACGCCGGUUUUGCCAAGGCUUCCAGGAGGACCUGCAAAGCAUCGUGGAGGCCCUGGCAGGACGCGCCAGGCGGGGGCGAAACUGCAAUGUCGACAUGAUAGCCGUUUCGGACUCGGAGGAGGAUUGCCGGCCGAGCUCAAGUAGCUCAAAAACGCGGGCAAGACCCGCGGAGCCCAUGGCUUCAGAAGGUCGCAAGGUCAAGUUCCGUUCGAUCUCCGACCGGGUGAAGCACGGAGCCUCCUCGAUUUUUUGCGACGUAUGCCAGAAGGCGAUCCCUUCGGCGGAGUUCGUCAAGCACUCCUACGAUCAUGCUUUGAUCCCCUGUGAUCUUUGUGGGAAGAUGCUGGAGCCAGGCGGCUUCAUGGAACACUUGCGCCUCCAUGAGCAGCGUCGCGCCCCAGAAGCCGAGGGCAAAGACCUCGCCGCCUCGUUGAUACCCUGUGAGGUUUGCGGAGAUCUCUUCCUACCCACCGAGUACGCCGCGCAUGUUCAAGAGCAUGAAGCCAAGGCGAUGACGCAAGAUUUGUCCGCCCACCACACACCCGUCUCCAUGGCUGCGCGCUGGGUUGAACAGCUGCGAUCCGCAGCCAGAGACAAGAAUUUGCUCCAAAGCUGCAUUGCAAAUUUCGAUCUGGCUGUCUGCUUUGCCGAGCGGGCAGUGCGGGAAGCGUCCUUUCUACCGGACAAGCCUCCAAAAGUUGUCUAUCACUGGACACCUUCCAAGAAUUUUCAAAGCAUCGUCGACAGCAACUUGUGUGUGCCGGACCAGAAAAAGGUUUUUCACCAGACAGAUGGAGGGAUCUAUGGAAAAGGGAUUUACACCUCCCCCGACUUUGGCUACGCCCGCAACUAUGCAAAAAGGAACGGCGGCUGCUUCAUAUGCUUAGGCUUGCCGGGACGUCAGUACCGCGCCAAUACUUCCACAGAUUCCUGUCGCCCAUGCAAGAAAAACUAUGAGACACAUGUCUCUCCGAACUGGAAGGAAUGGGUAUUCUUUGCAGCUGAUCAGCUACUGCCUUGCUUUUGGGUCGACCAACAUGACGGGCAAACACAGCCAGCCGCGCUCGAGUUGGUCGAGGUUAUGGUGGCCUCAAUUCGGAAGGACUUGGGGCUGCACCAUGCUGAGGAGGACACCAGGAGGGAGGCACGGCAGCGACGCAGGGCAAAAGCUGCCUGA